UCAUGAUGCUAAACAAACUAGAAUUAUAAGAAUAGAUCUAGAUCUAGAGAUCUAGCUACAUUUUAUAAAUUUUAACUAAUAAAUAUAAAUUAGAUCUAAAAUCUAGAUCUACUACGACUACAGUCUACAGUAAGUGAGUAACUUACAGUUGACAGAGUUACAGAUUAUUUAAACUGAUUGAGAAGAAAUAAGAACCAAAAUGUCAGUUCACGGCAUUGAUAGAAUUCCUGAUUCUUUAGGAUUCUUAGUUUUGACUGAAGAUGGAGCUGUUAUCAGUUCUGGUGGUCAGCUAGAAAAUGAUGAGACAACAGCCAAUAAAAUCACUAAGUUGGUUCAUACGGCUUACAAAAUCCAAGUGACAGGAGAUAAAAAGGAUGCUUUACGUAGACUAUCAGUAAUUUUAGGUGAUGUUAUUUACAUGGCAACAGUUUCACAGCACAAAAUAUAUGUUUCUAAAAGACAUUAUAAUCCACAAGAGCCUGUACAAGCUUGAGGACUUUCAUUGGAUUGAGGAAUUACAUCCAUGUUUUGUAUGCAUUUAACUACUCACAGCAAGAGUGCAGCUACAGUAUGUACAAGAAGUCAAAAGUGUUUCAAGAGAUAAUCUUUAAUAUGAAUUUUAUUUAUAUUUUUUAUUUGACAUCUGUGUGAUUGUGUUUGGAAACUGCAUGAUUGUUAUGAUUGUUACCUGAUGUUUCAACAAGUUUUCUUAUAUUAAUAGAUAAAGUUUUAUUCUGUUUUAUCUUUUUUUUUUUUGGUUCAUAUCAUUAGUCUGGUCUACAAUUGUGACAAUUUUUUAUUGUAACUUGCUAUUUUUAUCUUUGACCUUGCAAAUUUUUUAGCUAGUCUUAAAAAGGCAUUCAGAUAUGGGGGAGGCGUGGCAUUCUUUAGAAGUAUAAGGCUAAAUGUAUCAUUGGAUAGUUUCUGAACUGAUGAAAUAUUGAGAAUAUAUUUUAUUUAAAUUUGUGCAUUUGCAAGUCCUUCCUCCACAUCUAAUGAAUCCUUGUCACUCGCAUCACUGAUAAUACGUCUUAAAGCUGCUCUUGUAAAAGUGAAAAGAGAAAUAGAAACAUUGCAAAAAUGACAUUUGUCACAUCUUGAAUGCAAUAUUCCUAAUUGGUUGAGCAGUGCUUGUUUGUUUUUUAUACCAUAAUUGAUUUUAUAUAUUGUUAGUUCUAAGAUUACAACAAACUUGAUCUAAUGUUCAUCAUAUUGUCUUUCUUUUGUUUAGCCAUUUUUGAUGGUGGUACACUGAUUGGCAAAGUCAUCAGAGGGGGGGGGGGGGGGUCGGAGUCAUUUUUGCGUUUCAUUGAAUUAAAUACAGAAUAUUUUCCUAUAAUUGCUCAGGUUGGUAAAUACAUUUUGGUAAUUUUUAGAAGUUAUACCUGUUGUUCCAAUGUCCAAUAUCCAAUUGUAUGCCUGGGAUACUGGUAUUAGUGUACAAUCAAAGGAGCUCUUUUUGUUUGUUUUUUUAAAACAGAAUAGUUUAGUUCUCAAGUUGAAAUCAUUGAAGUAGUAACAGACAAUAUAAUUUAAAUUUAAUAAUAAAUUAACAGUAUUAGAAUUACUAAUGUGCUGAUUAUACCCCCAGAAAUAAACCUGUUUUGAAACUGAAA